CUCUUAAGAUGUACUUACAUUUUAUUAAUAAAUAUUAACGAAUUAAGAGACUAUGGAGGAGACCAUCUAUCUCACAAAAGACUAAAUUCCUUGAUGCGGCACCAAGAUGCAGUUUUUGGUGAUUGCAUUGUUGGUGCACGUGUUCUGUGGUGCAGCCGGAGGUGCUUCAAAGCAGAAAACGAAAUCAGUAACAACACUUAUAGAAGCGAAAUGGGAGGUGACUUCUCUAGUGCUAGAGCUAGCAGAAUACCUUAGAGAUGAAAAUGAAAACUUCUUAUGGGAAUUUGUGGAUGGUGUAUGUGCUCUGGACCCUCCAAUUGCUGAUCUAGAGAAUGAGAGAGCUAAAUAUGAUACUGCACUGGAUGUGGCUGGGCUCCUGAUGACUCCAGCACAAAUCUCUGUGCUGAAGUUGGCGCUCUCUCUACACAUCUACUCUCCCAAGGUCGAAAUGUACUCUCAAAUGGCCAUAGAGCGAGGGGUAUCUGCCUUGUCAUGUCCAGUGGUUGCUGAUGUAGCAGGGAAACUUACUUGUUAUGUCAAAGAGAUGAAGAAAUUUAUUAGUGAGAAAGAGGGUGGUGAUCAAAGUCAUGUUGAAACAUUUGGUUUAGAUCAUCAUUAUCCAGGGUCUCAAAACAAUACUCUUACUGUUGUGCUUUAUGGAGAAUUAGGAACUCAGGAAUUUGCAGAAUUCCACCAGGUGCUGAAGACUUAUGCAGUUAAGGGUGACAUUGACUAUGUCCUUAGGCAUUACAUUAAAGAACGCCCAAACAGACGAGUCCGUUUGUCAGGAUAUGGUGUGGAGCUGCAGAUAAAGUCGACAGAGUACAAGGUGCAAGAUGAUACAGAGGUGAAGGGAGACAAGUCUCAGGACAGUUAUGAGCAGGAUGAUGAAGAUGAUGAGAUUGAAGGUUUCAAUUUCAGCAGACUGAAACACCUCUAUCCUGACAAGAAAGAAAACUUAGCUAAGUUGCGACAGCAUCUUCUGGAGUCCAGCAAUGAGAUGGCACCACUGAAAGUAUGGCAAGUGCAAGAACUGAGCCUGCAAGCUGCUGAGAGAAUUAUGAGUUCACCUAAAGAAGAAGCACUCAAGGUCCUUACCAACAUUGCUCAGAACUUCCCACUGCAGGCAAGAUCGCUUGUGCGAACUGUGGUGAAGGAUGAGCUGAAGCAAGAGAUAAAGAGGAACCAGGAACUGUUUGCAUCGUCUCUAAACCUGCAGCCAGCUGAUACAGCCCUGUUUGUGAAUGGUAUGUUCUUUGACCUGGAUGUAGUGGAUGUUAUCUCACUCCUCGAGGUUGUCCGGCAAGAACUUCGGGUCAUGGAGGGACUUCACAAGAUAGGAAUUUCUGACUCACACAUGAGCUCACUGUUGGCGCUCGACUUCUCCAGUUCUGGUUCGUCGUCAAGCCCAGAAUAUGCCAUUGACAUUCGUGACUCAGCUGUGAUGUGGGUGAAUGACAUUGAAAAUGAUAAGCAGUAUCGCCGUUGGUCUGAUUCUCUUAUGGAGCUGCUUCGUCCGACUUUUCCAGGCAUGCUGCGCAGUGUCAGACGGAACCUGUACAACUUGGUGAUCCUUGCCAAUCCAGCAAAGAAAGAAACCAGGCCUCUGUUGAAGUUGGCGGAGUCGUUCUAUGUCCAUGUGGCUCCUUUGAGAAUUGGUCUCGUAUUCACUGUGGAUCCUGAUCAGUCUGUCAGUGGUAAUAUGGAUGCUGGCGUUGCCUUGCUCAAUGCUUUCAACUAUGUUUCAGAUGUUAAGGAUGCAUACCAUGGUCUUGCCUUCAUUACUGAUGUGUAUGCCACAUUAAAAGAAGAUCGAGAUGUGGUUGUUGAAGAUGUGAUUUCGUUGUUAAGCAGCAAAUUCCGCUCAGCAGAUGUGGAUGAGAUAUUUGGAGAGGACUCAGAAUAUGAUACAGGACGAAGGUUGGCCCGUGAUUUUGUGGAGCGAUCAGGCUUUAGGAAAAUACCACAGGCCUUGCUGAAUGGUAUACCUAUUUCGGAGAAACACCUGAAUGCGGAUGACUUCGAGGAAGCAGUGCUGUCAGAAAUCAUGAACCAAACACCUGUUUUUCAGAAGGCAGUGUACAAAGGGGAUUUCACAGAUGGAGAUAAUGCAUUGGAUUACAUAAUGAACCAGCCCAAUGUCAUGCCCAGAUUGAAUGAUCGUGUUCUAAAUCAGGACAAGAACCAAUAUCUGGAUUUGAUGGGGCUUCCCCUUGCUGGGGAAAUACCUCUUACAUUGGAAUCAUUCUCUGGUCUUUCACCUCGUGACAAGACUGCUACCAUUAUCAGUCGAGGUGUCCAGUACUUCCUGAAGAAGCAGCAUGUGGAUACAACUGUGACAGCAUUACACAUUAUCACCCACUGGAUUGUGACAGACCUCGGGACAGCUGAUGGAAGACAGCUGUUAAUACACGCCUUAGAUCAGAUGCGUUCCAGUGGAGGUAUCUCUGUGGGUGUCCUGCUGAAUCCGCCAACAGUGGAACAGUUUCAGCAGGUUGACAGAAUUGUUUUGGCUGCUCCACGAGUCCUGCAGCCAGGCCAUGCCAGCCAGUUUAUAAUCAAGAUCUUGUCAGAUGACAGUCUGGUUGAAGCACUCAAUAACGGACAGAAGGAUCUAAGUGACAUCUCUGUUCCAGGAGUGGAUUUGAUGGAAUUAUCAGAAGCUCUGAAGGAGGACAGUUUUGAGUUGUUGAAAGUUCAGCAGCUGUACUGCAGACAGGUGCUGAAUGUUCCUGCAGGUGCCAGAGCCAUUGUGACCAAUGGGAGGAUACUGGGACCACUGGAGCAGACGGAGAAGUUCACGUUGGAUGACUUCUCUCUCUUGGAGAGGUACAGCAUGAACAGCUAUGGGGAUAAGAUCCUGCAGACACUCAAGAAGACGACAGAACAUAACGCUGAUGAUUAUGAUGAUGUACUGAGGGAUAGUAAUGUGUUGAUGCAGGCAGUGGCACUUCUGGUCUCUCGGCCCCAGUCACGUAACCGAUUUGAGAUUCCUGUUCACACUGACAUUCACAGUGUCAUCAAACUUCCUCCCCACAAUGUGUCAGAGCCAGCAUAUGACAUAGCCGCUAUUGUGGAUCCUGUAUCCAGAGGGGCACAGAAGGUUGGGCCCAUUCUGUCAGUCCUGCAGGAAGUUCUGAACUGCCAUAUCAAGGUGUACCUCAACUGUGUUGAGAAGAACAGUGAUAUGCCUUUGAAAAGUUUUUAUCGUUUCGUAUUGGAACCGGAGAUUCAUUUCACAUCAGAUGGCAGGCAGACGAGUGGCCCAAUGGCAAGAUUUGCUAACAUGCCAACAUCUCCUUUGUUAACACAAAACAUGCAGGUGCCUGAAAACUGGCUGGUGGAGUCAGUUCGCAGUCCAUAUGAUCUUGACAAUAUUCGUUUGGAGGAUGUGGAUAGCGUUGUACACAGUGAGUUUGAGUUGGAGUACCUGCUACUUGAGGGCCACUGCUUUGAGACUACCAUGGGCAACCCACCCCGGGGUCUUCAGAUCACACUUGGAACUGAGACUCAGCCAGUUGUUGUGGACACUAUUGUCAUGGCUAACCUGGGAUACUUCCAGUUGAAGGCCAACCCAGGAGCUUGGAUAUUGCGUCUGAGGCAGGGUCGCUCAGCAGACAUCUUUGAUAUUGUCAGCCAUGACGGAUCAGACACACCAGCCAAUUCAACGGACAUCAAGGUUCUGAUCAGCUCGUUCCGCAGCCACGUGUUGAAGCUGAAGGUUGCCAAAAAGCCAGACAAGAUGCACAUGGAUCUUCUGUCAGAUGACAGUGAUCCUAACUCGGGCAUCUGGAACUCCAUCACAAGUACCUUUGGUGCAUCAAAAACAACAGAAGAAGAAGGAGAUGAAAGAAUUAACAUCUUCUCCCUUGCAUCAGGGCACUUGUAUGAGCGUUUCCUUCGCAUCAUGAUGCUGAGUGUACUCAAACACACAAGCACACCUGUCAAAUUUUGGUUCCUCAAGAAUUAUUUGUCUCCAACACUGAAGGACUUUUUGCCUCAUAUGGCGAAAGAAUAUGGCUUUGAAUACGAAUUAGUUCAGUACAAGUGGCCACGGUGGCUUCAUCAACAAGCAGAAAAACAGAGAAUCAUAUGGGGCUACAAGAUUCUCUUCCUUGAUGUCCUUUUCCCAUUAGAUGUCAGGAAGAUAAUAUUCGUCGAUGCUGAUCAGGUUGUGCGAGCAGAUAUGACAGAACUGCGGGACCUUGAUCUCAGUGGUGCUCCAUACGGUUAUACACCAUUCUGCGAUAGUCGCACUGAGAUGGAUGGGUUCCGGUUCUGGAAGCAGGGUUACUGGCGCAAUCAUCUCCAGGGCAGACGAUACCAUAUCAGUGCUCUGUAUGUAGUGGACUUACGUCGCUUCAGAAGGAUAGCUGCCGGAGAUCGGCUGCGGGGGCAGUACCAGGCUCUUAGUCAGGACCCUAACUCCCUUUCCAACUUGGACCAGGAUCUACCAAACAACAUGAUCCACCAAGUGGCAAUAAAAUCAUUGCCUCAAGAGUGGUUGUGGUGUGAAACAUGGUGUGAUGAUGCCUCCAAGCAGUAUGCUAAGACCAUCGACUUGUGCAAUAACCCACUUACAAAGGAAGCAAAAUUAACAGCUGCAAUGAGAAUAAUUUCUGAAUGGAAAGAUUAUGACUUAGAAAUAAAGAAACUACAAAACAAAAUAAAUAUGAACCAGACUGAUGAGGAAAGAGAAUUUAUGUCAGGAGAAAGUACUACGUGGAAAGCAGAUGAUCAUGAGCAACAUUCUGAAUUAUGAUACAACAUGGCUGUGAUUAGUGUUACUUUUUAUUUGAAAAUAAUAUUAAAAGGAUAUGUAUGAAGUGUGAUUGCUGUGAGCUAAUGUACUGUCAUCACUGAGAUUAUUUACCAUCAGUGGCACCCUUCAUUAAUAUAAAAUUAAAGUGA